UCUUCCCUGUCUUCUCUUGGCCCUGGUUCACUUCGCCCGCCCCUUCCCUCUCGCUUCGCAAUAAUCCCAUAUAUUUCCCCUCGGGCUUAUUAUUAUUUUUAUUAUCGCCCAAUUCCCACCUCGCUCUAAUUCUUUUUCAAAUCGAUCACAGGAGCGAAACCCCUCCCCCUUUUAAACCCCAACAUCGCAUCCGAUCUAAAUGGCUUUCCACAUCGCUUGCCCCAUCACUUGCCGGCGGAUUUGCGACUGCGAGCUCGGAUUCCCGGCGGGGCUGCGCGGGGAGGCGGGGAAGGGCGCGUUCUUGGAUGAGAUCGACGCGCUCGAGGAGUUCUUGAGUGACCCGUGGACCGUCCGGCCAGACGCCGCCGAGAGGGAGGAGGAGGAGACGGUCCAGGUAUGGGUGCCUCGCGUGUCGCCGGCCGUUGCCGUGCCCUCCGCGGCCGUGGACGACAGGGGCGCCGGCGUAGGCGACGAGGUGAAGCGGGCGUUGCUGCAGCGACAGGCGCUGGCUGCUUCCCUGGCGGCAGAGGACUAUGUCCGGAGGUUGGAGGCUGGGGGUACUGCGGAGUUACUAGGAGAGGCAACUAGCAAUCUUGCUAGGGAUGAUCAAGGGGUUUCUACCGUCAAGGUCAUGUGCCAUAUUUGUUUCUCUGGGGAAAUUGAGGGAAGUGAGAAAGUUAUGAAGAUGCUAUUGUGCAAAUCGUGCAACAGGAAAUACCACAGAAGUUGCUUGAAAACAUUGGUUGAACAUAGAGAUCUAUUUCAUUGGAGUUUGUGGUCUUGCCCUGCGUGCCGCAUCUGUGAGGUCUGCCGAAGAACUGGUGAUCCCAAUAAACUGAUGUAUUGUAAAAGGUGCGAUGGCGCUUAUCAUUGCUACUGUCAGCACCCACCACACAAGAAUGUGAGCCGUGGACCUUACUUGUGUCCAAAGCACACAAGAUGUCACAGCUGUGGGUCCACCGUUUCAGGAAGUGGUCUUAGCACAAGGUGGUUUUUAGGCUAUACCUGUUGUGAUGCUUGUGGUAGAUUGUUUGUGAAAGGAAACUACUGUCCAAUCUGUUUGAAGGUCUAUAGAGAUUCUGAAACAACACCCAUGGUUUGCUGUGAUGUUUGUGAAAGAUGGGUCCACUGCCUAUGUGAUGGCAUCAGUGAUGAAAAAUAUCAGCAGUUCCAAGCAGAUCAAAACCUACAAUAUAAAUGUGCUGCAUGCCGUGGCGAUUGCUACCAGGUCGAGGAUAUAGAUGAUGCUGUUCGAGAACUUUGGAAGAGGAAAGAUAUUGCUGACAAUGAUUUGAUUGCAAGUUUGAGGGCUGCUGCAGGGUUACCAUCUCAUGAAGUGACAUAUUCAAUCUCUCCCUAUUCGGGUGAUGAGCAAAGUGGUCCAAUCAUACUUAAGAAUGAUAAUAACAAGCCCCUGAAGUUUUCACUCAAAGGGAUUAGUGAUAAAUCUUCAGAAUAUGGGAAUACCACCUCAAACAAGAAGCAAGUGAAAAAGAAAGGGUACUGGAUCAAGUUGGUUGGUAAAACAGAAGAGGCAUAUCCUGAACUUGACAAACAGGAUGAAACAAGAUCAUUAGAGUGUGCCAAAAUGGUUAAUGCAAAUGUGAUGAGAACUCCAAAGCAUGGAGUUAAAGAAAAAACAAAAGUAAAGAUUGGAAAAGUUUAUGUGAAGCCCCAGAAAAGUAAUGGUAAUGUGACUGAUGAAUGUGACCUUAAUGCUACAGAUUUAUCAGUUGAGAGGAUGAACGAGGCAAACUUUGCAGCAGAAAAUGAUACAACCGAAAGGAGCAACAAGGUUUGCCAGAAAAAGCAUUCUGCAGAUAUAUAUGUUAAGCCACAGAGAGACAGCAGUGAGAUGUCACCCUCAGAUUUUACCUCCAGUUCCUCCAAAGACCUGAAGACUUCGCUGAAGCUAAAAUUUAAGAAUCCAUGUUUUGAGCAGAAAAGCUCAUGGGCUCCUCAUGGAGAGGAAGACAACACUGUUAAGGGGCAGAGAUCAAAGAGAAAGAGACCUUCAACUGAGAAAAUGGGUGGAUGGCAGGAUGAUAGAUCAUCAAAGUUGCAUCUGGAGAAUCUUAUUGAUGAGGCAAUGGAUGCAAAUUGGAUAUUGCAGAAGUUGGGCAAGGAUGCAAUUGGGAAGAGAGUUGAAGUCCAACCAACAAAUAGUUCUUGGCAUCAAGGAGUGGUUAUCGAUGUCAACCAAAGCACUUCAUCUUUGUCCGUCCAUUUGGAUGAUGGAAGAUCUACCCUCUUGGAGCUUGGGAAACAAGGACUUCGGUUUAUUUCUCAGAAACAGAGGACAAAAUCAUGAAGUAGUUGAUGUUCCUUGCAUUGCUGAAUUCUCCAAGGGGAAGUUCACUGCUCACAUGCGCCUCCAAACUCGUGGGAUUUCAAGCUUUUUAAUUUUAGCUCCCCUGAUGGAGCUAUUCUUGUUUGGGGCUUGUUAGUCUCUGUAUUAUUGGAUAAAAAUGCCAUGAACUAACAUAUCAACAUUUGCUGAAGGAUAGAACGCCCCUGUUAUAAUUGUAACAUUUGUAUCAUCUAUUUCAUUCUUUGCUUGAGGAGUCAUCCACUCAAUUCAUCCUUUCAGGUUUGCCUUGAAAUCUGAUUACAUGAGCAUGUGUUGGGUAAAAGCCUACAGUUUCAUAAUUACGGCAAAUGAGAGUCAGCUCUCCGUUGAUGAUCAUCCUUUGUUUCUUA